AUGAGCUCAGCCGCAGAUUCGUUCACGCUGCAGGAAGCCACCAUCGAGGACAUCCACGCCGCGUAUGCCGCCGGACGCCUCACGGCGCGUCAACUGGUGCAGAUGUACAUCGACCGCAUCGAGGCCUAUGACCGGGGCGGUCCCGGGAUCAAUUCCAUCAUCACGGUGAACCCGGCGGCCCUGGACGAAGCGGAUCGUCUGGAUGCGGCCUUCAAGGCCUCGGGCAAGGUAGGCCCGCUCCACGGCAUCCCGGUGCUCAUCAAGGACCAGGCCGACCUGAAGGGGACGCCCACCACCCUGGGCUCCCUGGUGUUCAAGGACUACUACCCGGACCGGGACUCCCGGGUGGUGGAGAAGCUCAAGGAGGCCGGCGCCAUCGUACUGGCCAAGACCACCCUGGGCGAGCUGGGCGCGGGCGACACCCACGGCUCGCUGUUCGGGUCCACCCGUAAUCCCUACGACCUGGAGCGCACCGUGGGGGGGUCGUCGGGCGGGUCCGGGGCCGCGGUUUCCGCCAAUUUCGGCACUGUGGGGAUCGGCCAGGAGGGACUGGCGUCCAUCCGCCGGCCCUCCACCUGGAACUGCAUCGCCGGCAUGCGCCCCACGGCCGGGCUCGUGAGCCGCAGCGGCGUCUACUCCGGUUGGCCCCAGGAAGCGGGAUCCCUGGGUCCCAUGGCCCGCACGGUUCGGGACAUGGCCGUGUUGCUGGACGUCAUGGUGGGCUACGACGGCGACGACCCUAUCACCUCCAGGGGAGUCGGGCACGCGCCGCCCAGCUACACGGAUUUUCUGGACGCGGAGGGUCUGCGGGGAGCGCGGAUCGGCAUCCUGCGGACACCCAUGGGGUACAACACCGACCCCGAGGCGGAGGAUUUCAAGAGCAUCACCGGGGUCCUCGACAACGCGGUGGAGGAGCUUCGCGCCGCCGGCGCCGAGGUGGUGGACCCGGUGGAGCUGGCGCGGCUCAACGAGUUGCUGGCCACGCGUUGCGCCAACCCCACCGCAGGGGAGACGGCCUUCGGGAUCUACAUGGCCCGGAGCGCCAACCCGCCGUACCGGACGCGCGAGGAGGCCAUGCAAUCGCCCGAGUUCGCCAAGCUCUCGGAUCAGGCCAAGGUGCGCCUGCGAGUCACCGCCGACCCCGCGGACCACUACCAGUACCUGCUGGCCCGGGACCACCUCAUGAUCCACCUGCUCAAGACCAUGGCCGAGCACCGCCUCGACGCCAUCGUCCACAAGGCCGUGGAACACCAGCCCACGCUCAUCGCCGACGGUGUCAAGCCGCCCUACGUGAACCACAAGGCGCGCCGCACCUGA